AUGGUUCUUCUUGAGCACCUUCCACUCCUCGGGCUCGCCUUGGGUCUUGCUCACCACCAUAACCACGGAAGAUCAUCUCAUCAUCAUCCAUCUCUCCCAAACCACAAGCCCGUUCACCAAAUCUCUGCCGAUGUAUCACAUUUUCACCAAGCUCCGAAGCUGAUUGCCGCCCGUGCAUCAGAUGAGAUACAGGAGACCGCAAUCGAGGUUUCCAAGGACCAACUGGGGACUAUCCUCGACAAGCUCCAGGCUCUUGAACAAGAAAUCUACAAUAUUUUAGCCAACGCUGACUCUUCUCUAGAAUUAGGAUCUACGCCUGCAAGACAAGCCUCCAAGAAUUCUGCCCCUUUAGCGCCUACCAAUCCCGAAAAGCUAGUCGUGACAACACGGGAGUCAAAACCCGCUCCAGCAACAGCCAUCAUCGGGGGCUUGUUCAAGGAGUCUUCCGUUGAUAUGGAUGCUUCAGCUGUAUCUGACGAUAAAUUCACGACGAUAGUCACCUCGACGACUCGGAUCACACGAACGGUGACUAUAGUGCCCCCGGGGAUCGUUACCGUGACCGCGUUCCCAUCCAAUCCCGCAGAGGAGAGCAAGUUCAAGGCCAUGAUUCCCUUUGCUAAUGGGACGACGAGCGCCGCCCUGCCGAGAACCACCUUGAGCGGUGAUCGUGUCCAGCCUCUCAACCUGUCAUCGACAAACCUUGAUGCAGAACAGGGGCGGCCUAUGAUUACACCUGUGGGUUUCAAUGCCUCAGCGAGCAUCCGUCACUUGUCGCUAUCGGCUACCGCGAGUGGGUUCAGAACCCUGCGGAGGGCUGCUUGA